GAUGUGUUUAUAUACAUGCGUUACUUAAAAGGUAGGGCUUCUUCCUAUCUGACCCAGAAUGGAGAAGGUUCGAGCAAAUGCUUCGAGCUCCGAUCCGAUCAUGCCAGCGGAAGAGUCUUCCCAGAAGGGCUCGCCUUGGUCCUUGGAGAGGUUUCAGGAUCUUAUGCAGGCAGUGAGGCCACAGUGGCAAGUUUAUGAAGAUACGUUAGUGCACAAAGUAAAAGAUCAGGUGCUAGUUGCAUAUGAACAUCCAGUUGAGACAUGUGCAGUUGCUGUGGGUGUUGGAUUGCUUCUCUUGCGAGGGCCUAGGAGGAUCUUGUACCGCAACACUUUAGGCCGUUUCAAAACUGAGGAGAAACGUUUAACUGAGGCUGAAUUGCAUCUAAGAGAUAUAAAUGAAUCUAUCUCAAAACUAAAGAAACAGAGCAAAAAUAUACUUACAAAAAUAAGUUUUGGUGAAGAGGAUUUACAACGUGGAAGUACAAAAAUAAGAGCUGCUGGUCAUGAAAUCCAAAGGCUUUCAAAAUACAUCUAUAAGGUAGAAUCCCAAGCGACAGAUCUAAUGGAGGACUUAAGGGCAGUUCCAGGAAGGAAAGCGCUAGAGCUUCGUGCUGAGUUGGCUUCCAUGACAUCUGGUUUGAAAAGCCAGCGGCAUGAACUGAACCAGAGGGUCACCCAGAUUUCUGAACUUGGGAUUCGAGUUUGAUGAUCGACUGACUCCACUUUGUUACAUCAAUUGGAUGACUUUUGAGGUUCACCAUGUGCACAAUAAUUGUGUUUAUUGCUACUAAAAUAUUUGAUCCUCUCUAAAUGGACUGUGAUAAGUUCAUUAAUGCUUGAAGCUCUUAUAUCUGAUACAUACAAUCUUGAAAUUUCCCUCUACUCGUACUAUUAUUUAGACACCACUCUGGGAAAAACUGUGCAGACAGGCACCAUUUUGUUUGGUGUACAUGUUGCCACAACAGCAGCUUGGAAGGUUGUAUAGACGUUAUAAUGUCUCGUUUUGUAACAUGUCCUAGUGUACUAUGGCUGAUGAGGAGUAUUCAUACGCUAAUUUUCAGUUUUUAAAUGGUUUGAACAUUCUGAUCGCUGACUUCA